ACCUCCACCCGACCAUUUAAAACAAAACUUUACUUUACCAACUUUAGACUCUUUGCCAACAAAUAAUAGUAAUACAAAUAUAAAUAAUAUAAAUAGUAUGGGUAAUUAUGAAUCACCAUCAAUACCACAACCAGUUGUUAAAAGUAAACCACAAGCAGCUACACCACCAAUUCCUCAACCAGUUAUUCCACAAACACCACAACCAGUUAUUCCACAAACACCUCAACAUCAAAAUUCUAUUCCCCAAACACCAGUAUCAGCAUUAAAACAACCAAUACAACCACAACAACCACAACCAAUACAAUCACAACAACAAAAAAUUGAUUUUGUUAAUUAUCAUAGAAAUCAUGUAGAUCAAUUUGCUGAUAUUUUAAAGAAAGAAUUAAUUUGUAUUAAUCAAUUCGAAUCAUCCAAAGGUGCUAUACCAUUAGAAAACUAUAUUAAUUCACUUGAACAAUUUUUAGAUUCAAAACAAUUACUUAUUAAUCACUUGAGAGGUUUAAUAAUACAACAUCAACAACAAUCACCACCACAACAACAAAUUCCACAAACACCAGUUUCUAGUAACCAACCACCAUCUCAAUUACAAACUCCUUCCCAAAGAGAAAGAGCGAGAAGUCAACUUCAACAACCAAAAACUAGUUAUCGAAUUUAAGAAAUAAUAUAAAAAAUAAUUUUAAUUUUUUUCCCACAUAAUAAUUAAUAAUAACAUUUUUUAGAUCACAUGAUUAUGUAUCAAAAAAUGAAUCGCUAAAUUUACUUUUUUUUUUUUUAUUAAAAAAAAAAGAUAAAAAUAAAAAUAAACAUUAAAUUUAAUUUUUAAAUAUACAU